UUUGGCAGUGAAAUGACUUGUCUUGAAAUUAUUGCCAUUACGCAUGAGGUUGUUGUGCGCGCGCUGGAGUUUUGACAGCAAUGCGAGCGCACAAGAACGCGGGAUUCCUGCAGCUGCGCGUGCACACACACACACACACACACACGCAUUCACACACGCACGCACUCACACACACAGGAAAGUGAACGAUUAGUCGUUUUUCAGGGUUCCAGGAUCGAGCUGUAAAAGAUGCAGGACUAGCGCAUUUCGUCUCGAGAAGAGUGGACAGAAGGUCUCCUGUGUGCCAUGGCUCAGUUUAGGCUGCAGAACGUGGAGGACUUCUAUGAGCUUGGGGAGAUACUGGGCAGUGGACACUUCGGGGAGGUGCGGGAGCUGAGAGAGCGAUCCUGUGGUACCUGCUGGGCGGGGAAGUUCGUGAAGCUCCGUCGGAGCGUGAGCAGUCGUCUGGGCAUGGAGAGAAAGAGCGUGGAGCAGGAGGUGGAGAUCCUACAGAGUCUGCAACACAUCAACAUUAUGGCUUUACGAGACGUUUUUGAGAGCCGAGCUGAGAUUGUGCUAGUCGUGGAGCUCAUCCGAGGUGGAGAGCUGUUCGACUUCAUCGCAUCAAAGGAGAAUCUGACUGAGAACGAAGCCAUUGACUUCCUGAAGCAGAUUCUGAGAGGCAUUGGCUUCAUGCACAGUAAACAAAUCGCCCACUUCGAUCUGAAGCCUGAGAACAUCAUGCUGUCUGAUAAGAACGCAGAGCAUCCUGAGAUCAAGAUCAUCGAUUUCGGACUCGCCCACCGCUUUAUAGCAGGAGAGGAGUACAAGAGUCUGUGUGGCACUCCUCAGUACAUAGCUCCUGAGGUGAUAAACUAUGAGCCGUUGAGCGUAUCCACUGACAUGUGGAGUAUUGGUGUUAUUACCUACAUACUAUUAAGCGGCAUAUCACCCUUCCAAGGAGAAACGGACCAGGAGACACUACGGAACAUUGUGGAUAUGAAGUACGAUUUUGACGAGCAUUACUUUAGCCAAACCAGCAACAUCGCCAAAGAUUUUAUUGAGAAGCUGCUUGUGAAGGAUCAGAGUGAAAGAAUGACAGCUGACGAAUGUUUACUGCACCCCUGGAUCAAGCCCCUGACCCGUAAGCAGGCAGCCAACAGGAGUCGCUCAUCUAUCAACAUGAAGAACUUCAGAAAGUUCAACGCCAGGAGAAAGUGGAAGAUGUCCUAUAACAUGGUGUGGGCAUGCAACCGACUGACUCGCCUGCAGCUGCACUGCAAGAGGGAUAAAGAGGACCAGGAACUGAGAAGUUGCGAGAGCGACCAGGAGGACACAGAGACAAAGCCGGCCUCGCUCAUCCGCCGCAGACUGAGCAGCAGCUCCUGAACCUCAACUCCAUCUUCUCCUGCAUCUCUCCACAAAGGAAACGUCUGAGAACCCUGGAGCUCUCCAGCCGUGCACUCUAAUUUAUUUCGGAGUUCACUCGAUGCAGCGUUUCACAUUUUAUUAUCCGGAUGCAUUUGGAAUGAGCGUUACAGUGCACAUGGCAGCCAUAGGUUCAAAUAUCAUUACACAAUUUUUUUUACUGCAAAUACCCUUCAGUAGGGAUUAAUAUGAACCAGUGUCAUACAUGAAUAGCCUUAUGAAGUCUGUUUUGAAGUGUCUUUGGUUUACAUUUAUUUUUUAUAUGUUAGGGGUUUGCUCUGUUUUUGUUUUUUUGUUUUUUUGCUGUUACACACAAACUCUACGAGUGCACGGUUACAUUACGGUGCAUUCUGACAAAAGCCAUGGAGCUUUAAGUUUUCUUUCAGUCUAAGACAGAGCGCAGAACACAGCCGGACUUCUUUGAGGCUUGGUGUGUUUUUGUGAAAAUACAGAAUAUAUAAUUAUAGGUGCUUUAAUCGUACAUGGAAAGCAAGGAGGACAAAAUAAGCUCACCCUGCCUUCUUUUAGUUCUAUCGUAGAGUAGAGAUUAUUACAUUUUUAGAUUAUUAGAUUUAUAUUUGAGCCACGUUUACAGUGUAUCAACUAAGGAUUUUUUAAAAGGUUUGUUAUUUUAUACAGCGUCUUUAAAGUAAAUUUCCUCCAGGUCCUUAAAUGUGUCAUAAAAUAUCGUUGGUUAACAAUAACAAUGGUUUGUAUAAAAAAAUAAAAUAAAAUCAUUAAAUAUAAUUAGGAGAUUGCGAGUUCUAAUCCUGGAGCAGAGGGAGUUAAACUGGGAGUCGAACUGGUUCUAAAUUAGGCUCUGGCCCCGAACCAGCAGCCAAACUGUAAGGCCACGUUCACACUGCAGGUAAAAGUGGCCCAAAUCCGAUUUUUUUGGGGUCAAGUGACCAGGUCAGACUUCUUCAGGAGUAGUGUGAACACUCAAAUCUGGCCCAGAUCUGAUUUUUUUAAAUCAGAUCUGGGCCACGUCCAUAUGUGGUCCUGAAUUAGACCCAAAUCUGAUUUUUUCCAAUGUGGCCGCAGUGU